AUAAAUAAGGCUGGGCUGUAGCAGCGUGUCACGUGAUCUGUGUUUGCAUUUCCUGGCGGUCGAUUUCGAGUUGUGAGUUAGCUCUGCGGGCUAGCUUUGUUGUUCUAACGUUGCUCUUCGAGAAUUCGGCCACAAUGGACGGCUGUAAACAGCUGGAAGGCGUUUUACAAGAUAAGGAAACUGGAGCAUUCAGUGGCUGCUCACCUGCCACCAUCCCAGAUACUGUAACAGCUGUCGAUUUAGUGAGGAUGAAAGAGACCAUCUCAAACCAAUGUUUUGAAAUGAUGGUACAGGCCAACUUGGGCAGUAAUAAAAAACUGGUUGGUGAUGAUGCAGAUGUAUCAAUGUAUGAGGAGGGACUGGAAGAAGAAAGAACACAACUCUUCAACCAAACACUGGCAUUGAACAGGAUGCAAAUCUGGAACAGCAUCACUGCCAAGCUAAUCCAGAAUGAUGAAAGUUCAGAGGAAAUUAAGAUGCUGGCUCAACACAGUGUAAGCCAAUUUGCAAGAAUACGAAAACUUCAACAGGAGUCCCGUGAACUUCAGGACCAAAUCAUAGAUCUACAGAAAGAGAGGCUUGACCUGAAAGUGCUGAUUAAGAAGAAGAUGCAGGAGAUGGAUGAGCUUCAAAAGAUGAGAGAGAAUCAGGGUGAGGUGGAGAGACGCACCAUGGAGAAAGCUGACACAGUUAUGGAGAAACAUCAGAAGGUCAUCGCUGUAUCACAGAACAUUUUAAGGGGGAUAAUCCUUGCCACCAGAGUGAACUGGAUGGAUAAUCCAAAGUUAAGAGAUAUUGCAAUGGGGUUGGAGAGCAUUCCAAAUUGAGGAAACAAGUGGAAACCCAUAGAAGACAACAACAUAUGUUGUGUGUGUGUGUGUGUGUGUGCAUAUUUCUAUAUAUAUAUAUAUAUAUAUAUUGUCAUAUUUUUGAAAUUGUAGAAUAAAAGUGGCAUUGUAAACAAUUAUUUCCAUUUUAUGUGUAAAGAGUUUUUUUCAAGUACAGCAUUUAAGUAAAGUUGUAAAUAUCCACAUCACUGGUAUAAAUUCUGUUGUAUGUUGUAUUCACAAGAGCACGCAGAUCAUUACAUGGCAUAGUUCCAUAUAAAGUUUUUUUUUUUUUUUCUUUCAGUUUUUGUAACCUUUUUUUCCCCUCACAUGACCACAAUGUCAAAUAAAAAGCUCAAUUUUCAUGCG